CAGUGAGUCAGGCUGGGGGUGGAGCUGAACACAAGAUUUACAGUAUUUAACACCUAAAGCGAAAUUAUAGCCAGCGUAGUCAACAAUGGCCCUCCAAUGGUUCCUGUGCUUUUUCUCUGUGAUGAUCAUUCUUUUUGGCAAAGAUGUUCAUUCACAGCAGCCUGAGUGCGGCAGGGCUGUGAAAAACAGCAGAAUUGUGGGAGGUGAAAAUGCAUCCCCAGGAAGUUGGCCAUGGCAGGCAACAUUAUUAAUUGGUAAUGGUUUGUGUGGAGGAUCCCUGAUCACCGACCAGUGGGUACUGACAGCUGCUCACUGCAUUACACCUUCUGAUCGCAACAGGACAAUAGUGUAUCUAGGCCACAACUAUCUUUUCGGUCCAGACCCGAAUAAAGUGAAUCGGACGUUGGAAGAUAUCUUCUGCCAUCCUGAGUACGACGCCUCAACAAAAGACAAUGACAUUUGUCUCGUAAAGCUGUCUACUCCUGUGGAAUUCACAGACUACAUUCUGCCGAUCUGCCUAGCAUCUGAAAACAGCACUUUCUACAAUGGGACCAGCAGCUGGGUCACUGGCUUUGGAGAUACAACUGGUUACGGUUCCUUCCAAGAGACUCUGCAGGAGGUGAAUGUCCCUAUAGUGGGAAACAACGAGUGCAAAUGCUUUGCUGAGAUUACAGAGAACAUGAUCUGUGCUGGGCUGAAAGAGGGAGGGAAGGAUUCAUGUCAGGGAGACUCGGGAGGACCACUUGUGACAAAGAAAGACUCAGUCUGGGUCCAGAGUGGAGUUGUGAGUUUUGGUUAUGGCUGCGCCCUGCCUAAUAGACCUGGAGUCUAUGCUCGUGUGUCCCAGUACCAAAACUGGAUCAACAACACCGUCAGUGGGACACCACCAGGCUUUGUAACCUACACCUCUCUGGGCCCUGACAGUGAUUUAGACUUCAUCUGCCCAACAUCAGCUAUUCCUACAACUUUCCCCACACAUGACCCUCCUUUCACUUUCCCCACACAUGACCCUCCUUUCACUUUCCCUACCAGUGACCCUCCUUUCACUUUCCCCACAGAUGACCCUCCUUUCACUUUCCCCACACAUGACCCUCCUUUCACUUUCCCCACACAUGACCCUCCUUUCACUUUCCCUACCAGUGACCCUCCUUUCACUUUUCCUCCCUCUACCACCUUAUGUGAUGAUUUGUUUUGCAGUGGUAAAAACUUGAUCCACUUCACUCACUUCACUUCAUUCUGUGUUCUUGUUGUGUUGCUCCAUGUGCUUGUUUGAAGUGGAGGAAUUUAACUCCAAAUCUUAACUGGAAAUUUAACUUAGAGGAGCUUAGAGCUUGAGUUUGUAGUUACUUUACAAAUUAAGAGUUUUCACUAAUAUAUAUCAUGAUAUAAAGAUCUAAAGAAAUGAGAUGAAAUGUUAACAUGUCAUUCCAAUGAAACACUGGAUCUUGUCAAAUUGAAAUGGGUAUCUUUUUUGCUAUUUUAAAAUUAAUUUUUUGUUAAAUGCUGAGUAUAAUAAGCCAUAUAAAUAAUAAACAUUUAUUACAAUGUA